CCAAACUGUAACUUAGCAGCAAAAUCGGUGGUAACAGGUAGCACUGAAUUGAAGUGUUCUAAUGGCGGCCUCGACUGCUUCAAUCUUCUCCUCCACGUCGCAGCCUCUGUUCUCUGUCCGGUCUAUGUCUAGUUGCAAAGCUGGUCCGUCCGUUUCCAACACUAAUGCAAGUAAUUUCACGGGUGCUCCCUUGCCGCUGUAUCUUCCAAAACAGAAAGUUGUCAAGAUAACUAGGCAAGUAAGGGCUGCUGCUGUUGCAACUCCUGCUGUAGAGGAAAUCAAAGAGUAUUCACUUUCAACAUGGGCAGAAUUUGACCUUGGAAGUGUUCCUGUCUUCUGGAAAACCAUGAAUGGUCUUCCUCCUACUUCUGGAGAAAGGCUAACACUCUUCUACAACCCUUCUGCAAAUAAACUUACUCCCAAUGAAGAAUUUGGAAUUGCAUUUAAUGGGGGAUUUAAUCAGCCCAUCAUGUGCAGUGGUGAGCCUCGGAUGAUGCUCAGGAAAAACCGGGGAAAAGCUGAUCCUCCCAUAUAUAGCCUCAAAAUAUGUGUUCCUAAGCAUGCUAUGAACUUGAUUUUCUCAUUUACAAAUGGAACCACAUGGGAUGGUCCCUACAAAUUGCAAUUUCAAGUUCCCAAGGCAUGGCGAAACAAACAAAUAGAUUUUUUUAAUGAGGGUCUAGCAGAAGAAUUGGGCACAGACGGUGCUUGUGACAGAGCAAUCUUUCCAGACUCAAAUAUUGUUGUCACUCGCUGUGCCAUGAUUGGAAACUUAACUCUGGAAGGGGGAGAUCGCUGCAAUCUGGACCUUGUACCAGGAUGCACAGAUCCAAGCUCACCCUUUUUUAAUCCGCUGGCUAAUGUUGAUGAUGGAUCAUGUCCAAUCGAUUAGACACUGAGGAAUGACAUUCUUAGCAGCCUUUCUUCGGGGUUCCCACUUAUAUCACUGUAUCAUAACAUGGUUCUUAACUCUUUUUUGUAGCAUAUGUAGCAAGAAGCAGGAGUUACUUGCAUUGCAAUGAUAAUCACGAUGGUCUUUUAUGGAGCUUGCCUCGAUUGUCAG